AUGGCAGGCCAGGACCUGCCUCGCAAGCUCUGGGAGCCAAGAAAUCCAAAGACGACUCAAAUGCACCUUUUCAUGGAGACCAUAAACAAGAACCAUGGUAUCCAACUUGAGUCAUUCCAAGAUCUUUACGAAUAUUCCACCAAGCAUCGCGCCGCCUUCUAUGCAGAGCUGUUCAACUGGGCAAAUAUAAUCUACACCGGCUCCGCCUCUAGUGUAGUCGAUGAAUCCGCUGAAAUUGAUACUGUCCCUCGCUGGUUCUCCGGCGUCAACCUCAAUUGGGCCGAAAAUAUACUCUAUUCCCGCGACGCCUCCGCUACAAGCCAUCGAGGUGUUGUCGGAAAGGAAAACGACAAGAUUGCUUUCACAGAGAUACGUGAGGGCAACACUGAGGUGCGCCAUUUUUCGUGGGCUGCGCUACGCGAAGAUGCCGGCCGUCUUGCAGCCGCGCUCAACAGACGCGGUAUCCGAGAAGGCGACCGGGUGGUAGUCGUUGGCUCCAACUCCCUCCACACUUUGCUCGUAUUUCUGGCGACUACAUGGCUCGGUGCUAUCUUUGUCAGCGCGUCUACUGAUAUGGGCGUCGAUGGAAUCUUACAAAGAACUGUUCAGAUUGACCCCAAGCUUAUAUUUUUCGACAGUAUUUCUGUGUACAAUGGCAAGGUGAUAGAUCUUACUACGAAGAUGCGCGAAGUCAUGGAUGGGAUGAGGUCUUGUAAGAAUCUCUCUGGUCUAAUUGUCAUGCAACGGCUUGACGGAUUCGUCGAUACAUCUACCAUUCCCGGUUCCGAGACAUUGUCGUCCCUUCUCUCGGGGGCUACUGCUGAUAUAUGCCCGCCUUUUGUUCGGGUGCCCUUCCAUGCCCCGCUCCUCAUCUGCUACUCGUCGGGCACAACCGGCACUCCGAAACCUAUCGUCCAUUCAGUCGGAGGAGUACUUCUCAACCUUAUCAAGGAAGGGUGCCUCCACGAUUCUGUGUCGGCUGACUCGGUGAUCCUUCAAUACACGACUACAGGCUGGAUUAUGUACGUUCUGCAGGUAGCCAACUUGCUCCUCGGCGCUCGGGUUGUAGCAUAUGACGGAUCCCCUUUCAUGCCGGACCGGACGACUCUAGUCAAGAUACUUGCUCAGCAACGCGUCACUACGUUUGGUACAAGCCCACGCUGGAUGCUGGAAAUGGCAACGAGCGGCAUUAAUCCAAGAGAUAUAGCUGACCUCAGUGCGCUCCGAAUGGUUACGUCCACCGGCAUGGUGCUCUCUGACCGUCUAUUCGAGUGGGUAUAUGACUCUGGUUUCCCCCCAUCGAUACACCUGAUAAACAAGUCCGGCGGAACAGAUAUUGCAGGGUGUUUCGGCACGGGCAACCCAUUGUCUCCCGUCUAUGUGGGUGGGACUCAGGGCCCGUCUCUGGGGGUCCCUAUCUCCAUCUACGAUUCCUCUGGAGAGGAUUUUGGGACCCCUGUGCCGCUAGGGACUAUUGGAGAGCUCGUUGCAACAGCAGCCUUUCCAAACAUGCCAUGCUUCUUUUGGGGAGACUCAUCUUUACCGGCUCCGGCACUUGAGGGUUCGAAGUACUACUCAAGCUACUUCUCUCGCUUCAAGCACGUGUGGGCUCAUGGUGACUUGUGCAUGAUACACCCUCAGACCUUGAAUAUUCAUUUCCUGGGUCGGGCCGACGGAGUCCUGAAUCCUUCCGGCGUACGUUUCGGGAGCUCGGAAAUUUACUCCGUCAUUGACGCCAACUUUUCCGAGCAAGUCAACGAUAGUUUAUGUGUAGCUCAGAGAAGGCAGAACGACGCGGACGAGUCUGUUAUUCUUUUCUUACUCAUGCGCGAUGGCCAUCGCCUCAGUCGCCGACUUAUCUCGGAUAUUAAGGCGGCUAUUGGCCGAAGCCUAAGCAAGAGGCAUAUCCCGAAGUAUAUAUUUGAGACGCCUGAGAUACCGAUGACUACAACACAUAAAAAGGUGGAACUACCGGUAAAGCAGAUUAUCUCCGGUUUCAAGAUCAAGCCGAGUAACUCGCUGCUGAAUCCAUCAAGUCUCAAUUAUUUUUACCAGUUUGUGCAAGUUGAAAAGAUGGCAAGGGGAUUGGAGAAAUUGUGA